AGGGUUAGCAGGGGGCCGGGCUACUGGACAGGCUCUGUUCGCCGGUCGGUAGAUUGGGCUGCGCCACGUGAGUAAGCGGGUUUUGUCCUGACAUCACGGGAGGGCAGUGACGUCAUUUCCACGAGGGUUCCUAAAAUUUUGACGUCGUUAAGAUGCCCAGGAAGCAGGAUUUGGAAGACGAGGAGGAACAGGGGAAGGAGACCGAUAAGGUCGUGAAGAAAGGAAAGAAAGACAAGAAGGGAAAGAAAUCGUUUUUCGAGGAGUUGUCAGCAGAUAAUAAACAGGCACAAGAGGAGGAAGCUGCCAAGGAGCGAGAGAAGGAACAGCAGCUGCAGCAGCAAAAGAAGAAAGAGAAAAAGAAGAAGGACCGGUGGAAACAGAAGGGAGGUGAUGAUGAUGAGGAGGACGAAGAGCGGGAGAUCGCCGAGAAGCUGAAGAAACUGUCAGUGCAGCCCAGUGAUGAAGAGGAAGAUCCAGAGCCUGCCCCCCGACAUGGUAAAAAACAACCCUCAGGGAGAAAUAUUUUUGCGGCCCUUGGUGAUGAGGACAGUGAAGAGGAGGAGGAGGAGGAGGAAGAGGAGGAGGAGCAGACGACAAAGAAAAAUAAAGGCAAGAAAGUAAAGGAAGAAGAGAAAAAAACUAAUAAAAAGGGAAAGAAAAACGAAACCAGCAAGCAGAAGCCACCCAGCGAAGAAAGUGAGGAGGAACUGCCGAAGGAGAAAUCUAAAGGCAAAAAACCCCCGCCCAAGGCUCCUGAACUCAGCGACGAAGAAGAGAAGAAACCGAAUAAAAAAGGAAAGAAAAAUGAAACCAGCAAGCAGAAGCCACCGAGCGAAGAAAGUGAGGAGGAACUGCCGAAGGAGAAAUCUAAUGGCAAAAAACCUCCGCCCAAGGCUCCUGAACUCAAUGACGAAGAGAAGAAACCGAAUAAAAAAGGAAAGAAAAAUGAAACCAGCAAGCAGAAGCCGCCCAGUGAAGAAAGUAAGGAAGAACUGCCGAAGGAGACAUCUAAAGGCAAAAAACCCCCGCCCAAGGCUCCCGAUCUCGGCGACGAAGAAGAGAAGAAACCGAAUAAAAAAGGAAAGAAAAAUGAAACCAGAAAGCAGAAGCCGCCCAGUGUAGAAAGUGAGGAGGAACUGCCGAAGGAGAAAUCAAAAGGCAAAAAGCCUCCGCCCAAAGCUCCGGAUCUCAGCGAUGAAGAGGAGAAGAAACCGAAGAAGGGCAAUAAGAAGCCAAAACCACCCCAGAAUCGUUUUGUUGCACUGGAGGAUGACGACUAUGAUAUGGGAAGUGCUGGAUCUGAAGACAAGUCAGCUGAUGAGGAAGGUGACGGAGAAGAAAAGCCUGCAGCGCCUGAGGAUCCUUUUGCCAACAUGAGUAAGAAGGAGAAGAAGAAAAUGAAGAAACAGAUGGAUUAUGAGAAACAGGUGGCCACCAUGAAGAAGGCAACAGCGGCAGAAAAUGACUUCUCUGUGUCACAAGCGGAGCUCUCGUCUCGUCAGGCCAUGCUGGAGAACGCCUCUGAUAUCAAGCUGGAGAAAUUCAGUAUUUCUGCCCACGGCAAAGAACUGUUUGUUAACGCAGACCUGUACGUGGUGGCGGGCCGUCGCUAUGGUUUAGUGGGGCCGAACGGGAAAGGGAAGACCACCCUCCUAAAACACAUUGCCAACCGGGCCCUGAACAUUCCCCCAAACAUUGACGUGUUGCUAUGUGAACAAGAGGUUGUGGCCGACGAAACCCCGGCCGUGCAGUCGGUUCUCAAAGCCGAUACAAAACGUCUCAAGUUGCUGGAACAGGAGAAGAAGCUGCAGGCCAGGCUGGAGAAGGGAGAUGACAGUGCAGCUGAGCGGCUGGAGAAGGUCUAUGAAGAGUUGCGAGCCACUGGGGCCGCCUCUGCUGAAGCCAAAGCUCGUAGGAUCUUGGCUGGUUUGGGUUUUACCCCAGAGAUGCAGGAUCGGGAGACCAAGAGAUUCAGUGGAGGCUGGAGGAUGAGAGUGUCACUCGCCAGGGCUCUCUUCAUGGAACCGACACUCCUCAUGUUGGAUGAACCAACAAAUCACUUGGAUCUCAAUGCCGUCAUCUGGCUGAACAAUUACCUCCAGGGCUGGAAGAAAACACUCCUCAUAGUCUCCCACGACCAGGGUUUUUUGGAUGAUGUGUGUACGGACAUAAUGCACCUGGACGGACAGAAGCUGUAUUAUUACCGGGGAAAUUACAUGACUUUUAAGAAGAUGUAUAAGCAGAAACAGAAGGAGAUGCAGAAACAGUAUGACAAGCAGGAGAAGAAACUAAAGGACUUAAAAGCAGGAGGGAAAUCUGCCAAGCAGGCGGAGAAGCAGACAAAAGAAGCCUUAACGAGAAAGCAGCAGAAAUGUCGGAAGAAGAACGCAGACGAGGAGAGCAACGAAGCAGCCGAGUUACUAAAGAGACCAAAGGAAUACACCGUGAAGUUCACCUUCCCGAACCCCCCACCGCUCAGCCCCCCCAUUCUGGGUCUACAUGGGGUUGAUUUUGGAUAUUCUGGACAGAAGUUGCUGUUUAAGAACCUGGAAUUUGGCAUAGACAUGGACUCCAGAGUCUGUAUCGUUGGCCCGAAUGGUGUGGGGAAGAGUACUCUGCUCCUGCUGCUGACUGGUAAACUGACCCCUACCAAAGGAGAAAUGAGGAAAAAUCACCGACUGAAAAUUGGCUUCUUUAACCAGCAAUAUGCCGACCAGCUGAACAUGGAGGAGACGGCGACCGAGUACCUGCAGCGAAACUUCAACCUCCCGUAUCAGGAUGCCAGGAAGUGCUUGGGGAGGUUCGGCCUGGAGAGUCACGCGCACACGAUUCAGAUCUGCAAACUUUCAGGGGGGCAGAAGGCUCGAGUCGUCUUCGCCGAGUUAUGUUGUCGGGAACCCGAUGUCCUCAUUCUGGAUGAACCCACAAAUAACUUGGAUAUCGAAUCCAUUGAUGCUCUGGCUGAAGCGGUGAAUGAAUAUAAAGGAGCGGUGAUCAAUGUCAGCCACGAUGCUCGCCUCAUCACAGAGACAAACUGCCAUCUGUGGGUGGUAGAGGAUCAGACUGUCAACCAGAUUGAAGGCGACUUUGACGACUACAAGAGGGAAGUCUUGGAGAGCCUGGGUGAGGUCAUGGUCAACAAACCCAAAGAGAAGGAGUGACCGGUCACCUCCAGCGUGCCAUAACCAUCUGCCCACCUAUGGACCCCACUGUGGAGGAGAGAUGACGGGAGGAAGGGGCCCCACGUGGAGGAGAGAUGACGGCAGGGGAGCCCCUGCCGCUUUUUAAAUCUCAUUUUGCUGCCUUGUUAUGCAGAGAAGACAAAUAAAUAUUUAUAUAUUG